CUGAGUACAGCAGCAGACUUUCUUAGUCUUGAGGAAUUUUGUUCUGUCGACAUCAUGGAAAAGCCUUUGCUUUUGUACAUAUUUUUUUUCUACUGGCAUUUCCUAAAUGCUUUAUUCACAGUUGAAGCUCCCCAGUCACUCUACACUGUGGAACAUGGGAACAAUGUGACCAUGGAAUGCACGUUUCCAGUGAAUGGGAAAUUAAAGCUUAGAGAUUUAAGUGUCAGCUGGGAAAAGAAAGAUGAGUUAAAGAAGCAGGUUUAUGAACUUCUCAAAGGAGAGGAAGACUUCAGAAGUCAGCACAGUGACUUUAGGGGAAGAAUAAAAUUGUUGAAAGAGAAGCUGAACUUGGGACAGUCUCUCCUUCAGAUCACUGACGUGAAGCUCAGAGAUGCAGGGUUUUACCGCUGUCUUAUUGGUUAUGGGGGAGCUGACUACAAGACAAUCAAUCUGAAAGUUAAGGCUCCUUAUAGAACUAUAACCCAAGGAGUGGUGAGCACAGGAUACAAUGAAUGGAAGUUGACAUGUCAGUCAGAAGGAUACCCACAAGCCGAAGUGAUAUGGCAAAACAGAGAAUAUGAAGAUUUGACUGAUAAGGCAAACACAAAUUAUGAAACUGGAAGUGACCAGCUGUAUCGUGUGACAAGUAACCUUACAAUCAAAAGUAAGACUGAUAAGAUUUUUUACUGUAUAUUCUGGAAUAAAGAGCUUCAAGAAAAUACAUCUGCCAUUUUACGCAUAGCAGAUUCAACUCAUGGUGUUCUGUGGACUACGGGCAGGCACUUUGUUCGAGCGAUUCUCAUUGUGACUGCUUGCUUUGGAUCCGUGCUUCUAACUAUGCUUCACAUCAGAAAAG